UCAGAACCUUACAUCCGGUCUCUCUCUUCCGACGUAAACAAAGAUUUAGGUUAUCUUAACCUCUUCGGCAAUGCUGCUGUCUGCUUGAAAAUCCCAGGGCGCUUUUCUGUGUUUGAAUAUUUACUUGCCAUGUCUGACCAGAAAGUGAAGACUCUCACUGCUAAACAACAAAAAAACACAAUUUCGGGUAAAAAAGGUGGCAAAGGCUGCAACAGAAAUGUUCGUCAUGUUCUGGCUAAACCUUACAGUAGAUUUUGGCCAUUGGUUGACAAAGAUGUUGAAUUGGAAGUAAACUCAUUACUGGAACGUCUUCUACCAGCAGCACGCAAACCAAUAUCUGCUGAUGAUUGCAAACUCUUGCGUGGAAUGCAGGGAAAAAGUAGAAAAGACGCCAGAAAUGAACUGACAAAAAAAAUAUGGGAAAGAAACCCACAAGCUAGCAUUCUUAGAAAUUUUUUAGUCUUAGGUAUCAAUGAUGUAUCGCGCAGUCUAGAGGAGAAUACUCUAGCAUCUUUACUAAUAUCUAAUGAAGCUGACCCUCCAAUUCUUACUCAACACCUGGCUACCCUAGCAGCUUCUAGAAAUGUCCCUCAUAUUGUAUUACAACAUCUAAAAGGAACUAUGAAGAAAAGUGUUGACUUCCCAUCUCUAGCAGUAGGAUUGAAGAAAGUUGUUGCGGAGGACAAUGAUAAUUAUUUUCAUUUAGUUCAUCUGAAGAUUGUUAGUGUUUUCAAAACUAUAGUAACACCCAUGUUGCCUGAUUUACCCAUAGAGGAGACAGUUUCUGAAAAUUUACAAGACUGCCCUCCUGUUGUGACCAAAGUAAAAGCUCGCAGUCCUGUCAAUAUUUACCUAACUCGAAGUUCCAGUAAAUACCGUGCUUUCAUACCUGGGAAGGGAUUACAAGUGGGAAGUGAUUCUUCUUGGUCGCCAUACAUUUCACUUAGUAAUUUGGAAAAGAUGGAUCCUGCUAUACCAGCGACUCAAACUCCUAAGAAAAUUUUGGGAUCUACAGUUGUUCCUGAGGCUAAAUCAUUCUUGCAGAGAGUAAGAGAUGCAAAGAAGGCUGUAAUUCAGCCGCCAUCACAGGAAAUGCCCACUGGUUCCUUCCUGUCAUUGUCAGACAAUGGUGAUGCAAAUGAGGUAAUUGAGGCAAGGGAGGAAAAAUUACCUGUACACACCGAUAAAGCUCCAAAACCUGUUAAGCGGUACUUCAGUUCAUUGGAACCUUUAAAAGUUAAGAGGAUGCAAGGUAAUCCAGAGAAGAAGAAGAAGAAAAAAAAAAGUAAAAUGUAGGAGCUUUUGCUCUGUGUUUUUGUGAAUGAAAAUAAAUGGUACUGUUUAUAAUGCAGCAGAUCAUGAGGCCUA